AUGGUGGAGGCUGUAACAGCCGUUUUUCCGGUAAGGGUAAGUUUUCGGCAACGAGGCUCUUUGGCGGAGCUAGAGAUGACGAGAUUUCGAUCAAGAUUGCUACAAACUCCAUCAUACAUCAAACCCCAAAAACUUACAAAUAGUAGCCAAAAAAAACUCAUCACCACAACAAUGUGCUACAAGGUCGAGUGCAAGAAAUGUGGGCUCACUGGCUGGGGAGGUUGCGGGGAGCAUCUCCGCCCUCUCUAUGCCAGCAUAGACACCGGUAAACACUGCAUGUGUCGUUCAUGGCCUGGAGUUGUCAUCCCUUCCUCCGGUAAGCCAUCUGCCUCCACCACCAAAACCACCACUACCACCACCACUGCCGCCGGAUAA